UCCCCCCAGUGGCCGGCUAUCCAUCGUCGUCCAGCGAGCACGAGCAGCAGCGUCGGGGGGGCGCGGCGGCGCGGCAAAGGCAUCGCACAUCAGCGGGGCGUUGCAGCGAGGGCGGCGCGCGGGAGCGGUUAGGGCGCGGGGGCAGCGGCGGGUUCGGGACGCUCGGCUGACGCGGAGCGGGAGCGGCAAGGGCGUGGCGAGUGGCGACCGACGAGGGCUCACCGAGGUGGGCCAUCAAGCUUCUGCUGUGCUUUUCGAGGGUGCGAUCUCUCGUUAGGCGAUGCUGUAGGCUGGCGGAGAACAAAAUUUCAUUAUGCUUUGGCAAAGGAGUUCUACGCUAUGGCAACCCGUAUCCUGUCGCGUCAAAAUCUGAGAAAGUUGGCUUCGUUCGCACUCCAGAACAUAUCCCAGAGGCAACUAAUUUUACCUUGCCCUCCAGUCCUCAGAUCUACUGCUGUUUCCCCUAGCAAAUGUUUCAGCCCCCUUUACGUGUUUGGAAAUUCGUGGACUGUCAGAUGGGCUACCUAUGGAUCAGUGAAUCUAGUUUUGUCUGAUGAUGGCAAGCCUAAGUUUCAGAUUGAGGAGGUGGAGCCUUCCAAAAAGAGAAGGUAUUUGACAAAGAAGCGCUUGAAGCUUCAGAGAAAGCGGGUAAAGAAGAAGAGGAAAGAGGCAAAUAAAAAUGAUCCACGACGCAUUAGGCCCAAGGGAAAGAAGAUAAAACAAAAAUUCCCCACAGCUGAAGCUAGGCUCAAAUAUAAGAUUGAGAAGGCCAAAUUAAAGGAAGCUAUGUUGGUCGAAAAGCUAAAGAAGUAUGAGGUUGCCAAAGCCCAAGGCCCUAUGGCUAAAUCAGAUGAUCUUAGCGGUGAGGAAAGGUUUUACUUGAAGAAGGUUUCACAGAAAAAGUCAAAUUAUGUCCCUGUUGGAAGGCGAGGAGUUUUUGGAGGCGUAAUUCUGAACAUGCAUUUGCAUUGGAAGAAACAUGAAACUGUGAAGGUCAUAUGUAAGCCCUGCAAACCAGGGCAAAUCCAGGAAUAUGCAAAUGAGAUAGCUAGACUGAGUGGCGGUAUCCCUGUUAACAUCAUUGGAGAUGACACUAUAGUCUUCUACCGAGGAAAGAACUAUGUUCAGCCAGAAGUUAUGUCACCUGUUGAUACAUUGUCAAAGAAAAAGGCACUUGAAAAAUCAAAAUAUGAACAGUCGCUGGAGACAGUUCGGCGUUUCAUUGCAGUAUCUGAAAAGGAGCUUGAACUUUAUUAUCGGCAUGUUGCACUUUAUGGAAUUCCACAAUCCCAGAAAGCUGAUCUUGUUUGUGGUGAUGAUAGAGAAGCUUCUUUGCUUAAAAUGGGAGGAUUGGAUCAAGGCAAGGACCAAUUGCCCCAUGUGGCUACAGAUCAUUUUUCUGAUUUUCACAUCAGUGAUAUUUCUGAAUCAGAUGAAGAAGAUACUUCUGGUAGCGAAUACGAUGUUAAUGACGAUGACACUGAGGAUACGAUCAAUAUUUCUGAAGACGCGAUUUCUGAUCAUGGUGGGUUAGCCAACAGGGAGUGAAGUGUGAUUACCUUGUCUGGCAUAAUUACAUUGUUGUCUAUAAAUUUGCCUCAGACUGAGCCACACAUUAUACCAUGGAUGUUUCUCAUCACUCCGAUUGAAUGAUGUCAGUGUUAGACUAUGGUGUACCGAAUCAUCAUCAUAUUAUGUCGAUUAUUCAUUACAGCUGGCUGGCCCUUCUGUUGUCAGCUAAAGCUGGGUUUAAUUU